AAAAAGGCGUAAAAGAACCAAAUUUAAUCGAAAGAGCUAAGGAAGAGAUCAAGGCAGUAAUUAGUUCACCUCGCCAUGACAAGGAAACGCAUGGCACGAGUGAUGACAUUGAUGAGGACACUCCAAUAGAUGAAGUGAAAGGCCCGAGCGUGUUUGAACGAGUGAAGGAAGAGGUCGAGGCAAUAGUUGAAGCAAUUCAUCCUAAGAAAGAAUCUAGAAAGCACAAAUCAUCCUCAGAGUAAGAAAGUGGAUUUGAGAAAACCCUCCAUUCUUGGGAUUCAAUAGAAGAAGCUAAUCCUGAACUUUGGAUGGUGUUUAACUGCUUUGAUAUGUAUGUUUUCCUUGCUCUGCAAAUCUAACUACUGGGAUCUAAUGGAACAUAUUGUAGAUUGAUAAAAUUGAACCUUCCUUCCUUUCAUGUGCCAAAACUUCUGUGAGGGAGGAAUUUAUAUUCGAUGAUUCUGCAUGUUCUUUGUAACAGGCUUAUAAUCCACUGAACAGGUUAUUUGGCUUUAAUGUUUGUAAGAAAGUGUUUGAUUUUGGUCUAAAUUCUCAACUAUGAUGUCAAAGUAAUUGGCUGUGAAUCUUAGGUUAUGUGCUAAGAUGUAUUGUGGGAAAGCUAAGAUCUCUAGAAUUUUUUUGCUUGAAUGUGUUAUAAACUGAGAAGAACGUGGUUAUAUACUUGGCUGCAAGUGUGAAUUUUAGCUCUUGAGGUGGUCUUUCAUCAAACUCUGUUAGCAAGGGGGUGUUGAUCUUCAGAUACCAAAAAAACAGUAAAAGAGUCUUUGGAAUUUGCCACAUGUAUACUUUUGUGGUAAAAACAUUGUGAUAUUCAUGGGCCAUGGCCAGUACUAGGCAAAAGAGUCAAUGGGGAAGAACAGGGCUCAAUGAAUUCUUCUGUGCAUCUCUGUGUGCAGAGUGAGGAGAGUACUGCCCAGUGAAUAAUCAAAUCAGUGUCACACUCAAAACAUCAAUGAGAAAUUCCCAAACCACAGCAGUGACCAUCUCAGUCUAAGAAAGAACACUUAGUGCUUAUAAUUGGUUAUCAUUUGCUUCCAUUUCACAUCUGCUGAUGAUGUUUUAUUAACCUUGUAAUCACAUCUCUCAGCUCACAAACUCCGCCAUUUAGAAUGAGAUAUUCCCUUUAUGCACAUUCCAAAUUAACCAUUAGUACAUUACACCACUGCCUACUACCUACACUCACCAGCUAGAGAGAGAAGGUGGAGAGAGAGAGAGAGAGUAUGAUGCAAUCAAGAUUUCCAUUUUCAAGGCUUGCUUCCCAGGUUUACCUUCACAGGUCACACCAGAAAAAAGAACAAUAUAUAAUAGGUUUUUAGCUUAUACAUUUCACAGAUUUUCAUGCUUACUUGUUUGGUUUCCAUCAAAUAAAUGGUGUUAGUAUGUGGGUGGAAUCUAUUACUCCUGAUGGUAAGAGAUGCUUCACUUAAGAGAUGUAAAAGGAAUAUCCAUGAUCAAGUACAAAUCCUGAUCUUUAAUUUUCAUUUGGGUGAUGAUCCAAACGAAUGGCUCAGAUUGGAUGAAGUACACCAACCUCUGUGUUCCCCACCUAACAGAUAAAGUUGACUCCAAGUAUGUUAUUUAUUAUCUUAUUUAACUAACUCCAUUAAUCUUCUUGCAGUGCAGACAUUGAUGCUUUUUCCUGUUUAAAUAAAUGUGUCUCUGCCACUGGAUUUUUUCUUCCUUUUAUAGGAAUCAAACUAUCAGAAAAAAAGGCUCUGCAGUCUAGGCAGCUAGAGAUUUCUCCCAAAUUCCAGAGAUAUAUAGGGUGUAUAGCAGGUUUCUCAGACCCCAAAAAAGGAGCUGUUAUACUGGGCUCAUGGACCACCUCAAAUAGUAAUAUUUUAGACUGAUUUGAGAGAGAGAGAGGGUAGAGAGUGGGGGUGGCUUGUGUUGAAAGGUAAGAAAUCAAGGUAAGGAGGGAGGAGGACAGAGAAAAUAGAUUAACCGUAAGGUUUUUUCAAGUGAGUUGUCAAAUGGGAAGGAAACUGGAAUCCCUUGUCUGUGAAGCAAAAUCUCUCUAGCUAGUAAUGCAAGAUCAGAGAAACUAAGAGAAACCCAAGAAAUUUUAGAGGUUGUGCCUUGCUUUUUGGGAAAUGGGAAUGUGUUUUGGUAGCUCUCUCCUGGCUCUUCUUAUACCCAGUAAUCAUGCAUGAUGGCCUCUAAAGUGUGAAUGAUUCAAUCCUCUCUCUCUCUCUCUCUCUCUCUCUCUCUCUCUCUCUCUCGCUCGCUCGCUCUCUCAGCAAUCAUAAUCACCAUCAUCAUUUGAACCUCUGAAGAAACCAUGAAGAGGAGGUCACUUUGUUGUUUUGUAAUGAUAGUUCUUCAUAUGGUGAAUUUGGUUUCUGCAACAAGCAGGGCUUUGGCACCAGCCACAGGCCCAAGUCCCCAGCCCUUCCAAUUUACCCUGAGUAGCUCAAAACAGGGUGUCAAAGGCAUGGAAGGAGAGGGAGAGAUGAGUGCAGAAGCGUACUACAAGGGGCAGAGCAAAAUAGGGUCAAGGCCACCAAGCUGUGAGAACAAGUGCUAUGGAUGCACCCCAUGUGAAGCCAUUCAAGUGCCCACAACCACCAACCAUCUGGGUGUCCAGUAUGCCAACUAUGAGCCUGAGGGCUGGAAAUGCAAGUGUGGACCCUCCUUCUACAGCCCAUGACCAUCCUCUUGCUCUCUGUACAAACACUCAUAUUCAAUAUUCAUCUCCAAUGAUUAUGAUAUUAGGGCAGAGUUAAAUAUAUGGUUUUGAUGAACGAAUAUGUCUUUUGGGUGCCUAUUGUGAAGAAUUGGAUCACUUUUCAUCAUGCAAAAUCUUGAACCUCAUGAAUGAAUCCACUUCUUAUUUCUAA